AUGGCGCCAGCAUCCAGCACUCAAUUCCUCCCACUAUCUCCGGCCGAGCUUUCCUAUCUACAUUCCUCCCUCUCGCUUUCGCCGCCGAUCCGCCCUGAUGGCCGUACACCCACGCAGCUCCGCCCGUUAAUCGCCGAAACCGACAUUCUUGCUUCUGCGAACGGCAGCGCCCGCGUAUGCUUCGCUGAUGGUACUGAAGCUGUUGUCGGCAUCAAAGCUGAAGUUGAGAAGAGCCAAUGGCGACCGGAGCAUGGCGCGCAUCUGGGGACUGGGGGAGGAGACAUCGAGAUCCUAGGCGAUGAUGAGGAUGCAGAUAACGGAAACACAGAGAUAGAAGGGAAGGGGGAGAAUGCAUGGGUGGAGAUGAGCACCGAUAUUCCUGGCUUCAGAGACGAUGAUCAGCUACCUGUGUUCCUGUCGGCUAUGCUCACAGAGGCGUUGCUUGCGAGCGGGAAGCUGAAGGACCGGCUGUACAUCAACCGGCGGUUUCACUGGAAGCUGUAUAUCGACAUUUUGCUCCUCUCAUCAACGUUCUCAUAUCCGCUGCCUCUCCUCUCCCUGACAACACACCUCGCCCUUCUCUCUUCCCGCCUUCCGCGCCUGAAAUCUGAGCUUGACGAAGACCCGUUGUUCGACGACGAUUGGGAUGCCUCAACCUUCCUCUACCCGUUAGCUUCGGGUAAUCCCACGAAGUCUACCGCCAGGACUAACAGACCGCCCAUAACACUGCUGGUCAUCGCUGUCGGCCAGAACAUAAUCUUUGAUCCCUCAAAAGAGGAGUUAGCAGUAGCAGAAGCCGUGGUUGCUGUGUCAGUCGGCCACUUGGAGACUGGGGAAGGCUUGAAACUACUAGCGAUCCGAACCAUUGACCCGCCAUCUCGUCUCACGCCGCCGGGAAUACCGAACAGCAUGAACAGCACUACAGGCGGCAUCGCGCCAACAAGCAAUCAAGACGCCGUCACCCAGCAGGAGGUGUCAGAUGCUGGCGGGGUGUGGAGGCCGCCGAGGGGUGGGAUCAAGAGAAGCUUGAUAGGGCGGAUAGUAAAGAUGGCUCUUGAGAAAGGCGGUGUUGGCGAAGAGAUCAUGGAAGGACUAGCCAACGUGGAGACUUGA